GUGGGAGUCCGGGGUGGGUGUAACCGCCUCGCUAACGAUUUUCGGUCAGUCUUGCCGCACAGCUCACGGCUUCUUCGAUCUUACGCCUUGACAAAAUCCACCCUUUUCCACCACAGCUCUAUAUCUGUUUUUCAGAAUCCCUCACAUACAUUCACAAUGGCCGACCCCCGCGUUGAAGAGCUUCCCGAUGAGGAGGUCCCCAACACCAACGUUGAGAGCGACUCCGAGUCCGAGGGUGAGGUUGAGCCCUCUAUCCCCGGCGGUGCCUCUGUCAUGAUCCACUCUCGCAACGAGAAGAAGGCUCGCAAGGCCAUUGCCAAGCUUGGCCUCAAGCACGUCCCCGGCAUCACCCGUGUCACCCUCCGCCGCCCCAAGAACGUCCUCUUCGUCGUUAGCCAGCCCGAUGUCUACCGUUCCCCCAACAGCAACACCUGGAUCAUCUUCGGUGAGGCCAAGAUUGAGGACUUGAACGCCCAGGCUCAGGCUUCCGCUGCUCAGCAGCUCGCUGCCGCUGAGGCUGCUGGUGAGCACGCUGGUCACGACCACGAUCACGACCACGAGCACGACCACGAGAACGAGCUUGGCGCUCCUCUCGAGCCCAAGAAGGAGGAUGAGGAGGAUGAUGGUGAGGAGGUUGACGAGACUGGCCUUGAGGGCAAGGACAUUGACCUUGUCAUGGCUCAGGCUAGUGUUUCCCGCAAGAAGGCCGUCAAGGCUCUGCGGGAGAACGACAACGAUAUUGUCAACUCCAUUAUGGCUCUCAGCAUUUGAUAAACUACCCUUAGCGUGAAUAAGUCGAGAUUCUCGUGAGUGGCUUGGGUUUUGCAACCAGAGUUGCCCUAGUGUAAACAAUUCGAACUCAAAAAAAGAAUUGAACGAACCCAAAGUGACUUCCAAA